UAGGCUAUAGUUACGCUAACAAUUCUGCUGGAGAACGUCGUCGUUUGAGUGGAGCUGGUAAUCCAGUUUGCGCUAACCACCAACCAGACUGAAGCGAUUACCUUGAGAAACGUUGUCGUUCCAUUGACAGUUGCACAAUUAGCUCCUCUCCGACUCCGAUUCAUAUUUCUGCAACUUUGAGCUCCGACGAGGUGGGCUUACAGUACAUUGGGGGGUGUUUGGUUACGUCGAUAAUUCAAAGAUGGAUCCAGGAAGACAGGUAUUCACGGUGGAUCUUCUGGAAAGAUACGCGGCCAAAGGGCGCGGGAUUAUCACCUGCAUGGCCGCCGGAAACGACGUCAUUUUACUGGGCACCAGUAGAGGCUGGAUCAUUCGCCACGAUUUCGGUGUCGGCGACUCCUACGAUAUUGAUCUCUCUGUGGGUCGUCCUGGGGAGCAAUCCAUCCACAGGGUUUUUGUUGAUCCGGGAGGGAGCCAUUGUAUUGCCGUCGUUGUUGGUAGUGGAGGUGCUGAUACUUUUUACACUCAUGCGAAGUGGACCAAGCCUCGAGUUUUAAGCAAAUUGAAAGGUCUUGUGGUGAAUGCUGUUGCCUGGAAUAGACAACAGAUCACAGAAGCUUCUACAAAGGAAGUCGUUCUUGGUACGGACAAUGGCCAGCUUCAUGAGAUUGCCGUGGAUGAGAAGGACAAGAAGGAGAAGUACAUCAAGUUUCUGUUCGAAUUUACAGAACUUCCUGAAGCUUUCAUGGAUUUACAGAUGGAAACGGCUAGCGUGAUCAAUGGAACUAGAUACUAUGUGAUGGCUGUUACUCCUACACGACUUUACUCUUUCUCUGGAAUGGGUUCGCUAGAGGCUGUUUUUGCAAGUUAUUUAGAACGUGCAGUGCAUUUCAUGGAACUUCCUGGGGAAAUACCAAACAGUGAACUGCAUUUCUACAUCAAGCAAAGAAGAGCAGUACAUUUUGCGUGGCUUUCUGGAGCUGGUAUCUAUCACGGUGGCUUGAAUUUUGGAGCACAGCAUAGUUCUCCAAAUGGAGAUGAAAAUUUUGUGGAGAACAAGGCUCUAUUGGACUAUUCAAAGUUGUCUGAAGGUGCUGAAGCGGUUAAACCCAGUUCUAUGGCAGUGUCUGAAUUCCAUUUCUUGCUUCUUAUUGGGAAUAAGGUCAAGGUUGUAAAUAGAAUAUGUGAGCAAAUCAUAGAGGAACUUCAGUUUGAUCAAACAUCGGAGUCAGUUUCAAGGGGUAUCAUUGGAUUAUGUAGUGAUGCCACUGCUGGAUUGUUCUAUGCAUAUGACCAAAACUCAGUUUUUCAGGUGUCUGUCAAUGAUGAAGGUCGGGAUAUGUGGAAAGUUUAUCUGGACAUGAAAGAGUAUGCUGCAGCUUUAGCAAAUUGUCGUGACCCACUCCAGAGAGACCAAGUCUAUUUACUACAGGCUGAAGCUGCAUUUGCCUCCAAGGAUUAUCUGAGAGCAGCAUCUUUCUUUGCAAAAAUUAACUAUAUAUUAUCGUUUGAGGAGAUCACUCUAAAGUUUAUUACCAUAAGUGAACAGGAUGCUUUGAGAACUUUCUUACUGCGGAAGGUUGAUAAUCUUGCAAAGGAUGAUAAAUGCCAAAUAACUAUGAUCUCCACUUGGGCUUCUGAAUUGUACUUGGACAAGAUAAACCGGCUACUCUUGGAAGAUGACACUGCUGUGGAUAAUCGGAAUUCAGAGUACCAAUCAAUCAUCAAAGAGUUUCGUGCUUUUCUCAGUGAUUGCAAGGAUGUAUUGGAUGAAGCAACUACAAUGAGACUUUUAGAGAGUUAUGGUCGGGUUGAAGAAUUGGUAUAUUUUGCCAGUCUAAAGGAGCAGUAUGAAAUUGUUGUUCACUACUAUAUUCAGCAAGGAGAAGCAAAGAAAGCAUUGGAAGUUCUUCAAAGACCUGCUGUUCCUAUGGACCUUCAGUACAAGUUUGCCCCAGACCUCAUCAUGCUUGAUGCAUAUGAAACUGUGGAGUCAUGGAUGGCCACAAAAAACCUGAAUCCGAGGAAACUGAUUCCUGCAAUGAUGCGUUAUUCAAGUGAACCUCAUGCAAAGAAUGAAACACAUGAAGUCAUCAAAUAUUUGGAAUACUGUGUUCAUCGUUUGCAUAAUGAGGAUCCUGGAGUUCACAACUUGCUGCUCUCUCUGUAUGUGAAGAAGGAAGAUGAUAGUGCACUUUUGCGUUUCCUACAAUGCAAGUUUGGGAAAGGACAGGAAAAUGGCCCCGAAUUCUUCUAUGAUCCCAAGUAUGCCUUGCGCCUAUGCCUCAAGGAAAAGCGAAUGCGUGCCUGUGUACAUAUAUACAGCAUGAUGUCUAUGCAUGAAGAAGCAGUUGCUCUUGCCCUACAGGUUGACCUUGAGCUUGCAAUGGCUGAAGCUGAGAAGGUUGAAGAUGACCAAGACUUAAGAAAGAAGCUUUGGCUCAUGGUCGCCAAGCAUGUUAUUAAACAGGAAAAGGGGGCUAAAAGGGAGAACAUACGGAAGGCUAUAGCAUUUCUGAAAGAAACUGAUGGCCUUUUAAAGAUUGAGGAUAUAUUACCAUUCUUUCCAGACUUUGCUCUGAUUGAUGACUUCAAAGAGGCAAUUUGCUCAUCACUAGAGGAUUACAACAAGCAAAUUGAAGAACUAAAGCAGGAGAUGAAUGAUGCAACACAUGGUGCAGACAACAUCAGAAAUGAUAUCAGUGCACUUGCUCAAAGAUAUGCUGUGAUUGAUCGUGACGAAGAAUGCGGGGUUUGUAGGCGUAAAAUCUUAACUGUGGGUAGAGAAUACCAGAUGGCUCGUGGUUACACAUCAAUAGGACCAAUGGCUCCUUUCUAUGUCUUUCCAUGUGGACAUGCCUUCCAUGCACCAUGCCUGAUUGCACAAGUGACACGUUGUACCAAUGAAACUCAAGCAGAAUACAUACUGGAUCUGCAGAAGCAACUUACUUUGUUGGGUGGGGAAGCAAGGAAGGAUUCAAACGGUAGCCUAACUGAGGAAUCCAUAACUAGCAUGAAACCUGCGGAUAAGCUUCGAUCACAGCUGGAUGAUGCCAUAGCCAGCGAAUGCCCAUUUUGCGGUGACUUGAUGAUCCGUGAGAUCUCUUUGCCUUUUGUCCUCCCGGAAGAAGCUCGGCAGGUUACAUCGUGGGAGAUAAAACCACAUAAUCUUGGAAACCAGAGGACCCUUUCUUUACCUUUAUGAUCGUGUUGUGUCUCUGUAGGCUGUGCUUGUGUUCCAGGGAGUUGUGCAAUUUCCAGGUGAUUUGAUCUUCCACCAUUGAAAUUUGUCUGUUGUUGUAAAAUCCACUUGAGAGGGUUUGGUUUUUGUCAUGUAAUCAAUUAUAGUAGCAUUGUUGAGAGUAUAAUUUUCUUCUUCCUUUUUCUAUUUUAUUUAUUUAUUAAUUUUUUUUGUAGUGGGGUGGAGUAUUUAAUGUAUGUCAAGUUUAUUAACAAACUCAUGAGAGCUAAUUGAGCUAUAUUUGUAUAAGCAUCGUAGUAGUCCUAUCAAAACUGAAAGAUCAUGCUUUUCAUUAUAUUUUCCUGUAUUUCGAACAUAAAAAGUGUUUUGUAGUGCGCUUAUUAUGUUGGAAGAAAAAGUGGCAAAAGAGCUAGAGAGAGUUCGGUUCUUCCACAA